AGAUGCCAACAUAGCAGAGUAGGACUGGAGAUACUGCUAAUUAUCCAACUUCACUCUUCUACUAAAAUAUCAUUGUCACUCUGCUUAACUCUGGAAACAAUUCACUGAAAAAAGUGCCAUGCUAUUCCUGCAAUGCCUCGCGCGGUAGCCCCAGGAACCUCAUUUACGGCUCGUCCAGUCUUGGCAAGCGGGGUUUCUUUGCACCUCCGACUUUCCUCGCCGGCGUGGAGAUCGAGUGGUCCGUUAGGCUCGAUCGACACACGAAGUUUCACCUCGCCGACCAAGCUAAAUAAUGAACGGAUAGAGAUCGACAUUUCUGAGAGGCCUCCCAGCACUUCUCCGCGAUUCGAGGUGUAUUCCCGGUGGCCAAGUGUCUGAAGAGGGAUCAACGGGUACUGAGUCUCGACAGUAGUAACUACGACUUC